AUGAAAACAAUCGAUUAAUAAAGACAAUAUAACAAUAAUUAUUUUUUUAAAUAGUGUUAAAAAAAGACAAAACCACUAAUAAAUCUGACUAUUUAAGGAUUUUAGAUGAGGAUUAUUAUCAAUAAAAAUAAUAAAUAAGAAAUGAUUUUAUGGUCAUUAAAGUUUUUAAUCAUCUAAUCAGCUUUUGGAUGGAGAGAUUAUAAAUAGGAUUUUCGCACAGUAUUUCCAGAUGGAAAUGAUUUAUGUCCUGAGUUUCAUGUACACAUGCCUGGUUUACAUCCACAUUAAUGUGUUUGUAAGAAUUAUUAAUAUUAUUAGCGUAUGCCUCUGUUUGUAAUGGAGUAACAGAAGUUUAAGCUAUAUUCUCUAAUAAUUUUUAUUAUUUAUGUCAUCCUAGGUUCAAAACAGAAAAUAUGACAAAAGAUGAAAUAUCAGUAUUUUGUUAACAUCCAUUUUACUUGAAAAUUGAACUUUCAUUUACUGAUGGAUUGAUGUAUUAUAGUUGUGAGAAAAAACGUGAAAUUGAAUUAUGCUUAAUACAUUUAGCUUACCCUAAAGAUUUCGAAAUUGAUUUAGGAUAUAUUUAUGAUUGUUAAUUUUGCAAACCUCCUUAUUUUGGAAGAGAUUGUUUAAAAAUAAACCCAGGAUACGAUUAUGAGAGAAGUAAAAAUUCUACUGGAGGUAUAUAUAAUUUUUANCAAGAGUUUGA